AUCCACAGCAAUCCACGACAGGCGACAGGCGGAGAUGAGCAGCCACAAGGACAAGAGGAAGCAGGCGAAGAUGGGAAAGAAGAAUGGCAGCGGCGAUGGUGGUGCAGUCAUGGUGGAGGAACUGAGGAAGCACCGCCCCAAGCUGGUGGCCUUUGACUUGGACGCCUGCAGCUGGGAGACGGAAAUGUACCUGUUGGACGGCCCGCCGUUCAGAGUGAACAAGCACGGCCAUGUGCAGGACAGAAGCGGGUCUGUCGUGCGGCUGUUUGACGACACACACGAUGUCCUGCACGAACUGUCCCACGCGGAGGAAUGGCAGCAAACACAGGUGGCGUUCGUGUCUCGCACAUCAUAUCCAGAGUACGCCUUUGAGUGCAUGUCUCUCAUCAAGAUUGGCGACUCCGAAAAGUCCAUGCACGAGGUUGCGCACCACCAUGAAAUCUAUCCCGGGUGCAAGGUGUCGCAUUUCCAGAAGAUCCACAAGCGCACGGGCAUCCCAUACGAGGACAUGGUGUUCUUCGACAACGAGUACCGCAACAUCCGCGAUGUGCAGCGGCUGGGCGUUGUGUGCGUGUACACGCCCGAUGGGUUCAGACGAAGGCACUUUGAGGAAGCUCUUGUGCAGAUGAAUGCUUCCAAGUAGCAAGCGGCACGCGUGGGCAUUGUCUGCUUGGUGUUGUGUGUUGCUGGGAUUUGCUUAGGCUCUUUGCUUGGUGUUCUGUUCUGUGUGUGUGUAUGUGUGUGCGUGUGUGUGUCUGUGUGCGUGUGUGUAUUAUAUGUGUGCGUGUGCGCGUGUCUGUGUGUCGGCACCUGUGCUUCUUCCCUUCAUCUCUUGCGCUUCCAAAACGUAAACGCCAUUUCAUGG